CUGAGAAAACAGAAGUCCUCAGUGAAGAUCUGCUACAGAUCGAACGGCGCCUGGAUGCGGUGCGGUCAAUGUGCCACCACUCUCACAAGCGCCUGACGGCGUGCUUCCAGGGCCAGCAUGGCACGGACGCCGACAAGAGACACAAAAAGCUCCCUCUGACAGCUCUCGCUCAGAACAUGCAAGAGGCAUCGACACAGCUAGAGGACUCUCUCCUGGGGAGGAUGCUGGAGACGUGUGGAGAUGCCGAGAAUCAGCUGGCUCUCGAACUCUCUCAGCACGAGGUCUUUGUUGAGAAGGAGAUUGUGGACCCCCUGUGUGGCAUAGCAGAGGUGGAUAUUCCCAACAUCCAAAAACAGAGGAAACAGCUUGCCAAGUUGGUGUUAGACUGGGACUCAGUCAGAGCCAGGUGGAACCAGGCUCACAAAUCUUCAGGAACCAACUUUCAGGGGCUUCCGUCAAAAAUAGACACCCUGAAGGAAGAGAUGGACGAAGCCGGGAAUAAAGUAGAACAGUGCAAGGACCAGCUGGCAGCAGAUAUGUACAGCUUCAUGGCCAAAGAGGGGGAAUACAGCAAGUUCUUUGUCACGUUAUUAGAAGCCCAAGCAGAUUACCAUAGAAAAGCAUUAGCAGUCUUAGAAAAGGCCCUUCCCGAAAUGCAAGCCCAUCAAGAUAAGUGGGCGGAGAAGCCAGCCUUCGGGACUCCGUUGGAGGAACACCUGAAGCGGAGUGGCCGAGAGAUCGCGCUGCCCAUCGAAGCCUGUGUGAUGCUGCUGCUGGAGACGGGCAUGAAGGAGGAGGGCCUUUUCCGAAUUGCGGCUGGGGCCUCCAGAUUAAAGAAACUGAAAGCUGCCUUAGACUGUUCUACUUCUCACCUGGAUGAGUUUUAUUCAGACCCCCAUGCUGUAGCAGGUGCUUUGAAAUCCUACCUGCGGGAGCUGCCCGAGCCGCUGAUGACCUUCCAGCUGUAUGAAGAAUGGACGCAAGUUGCCAGUGUGCAGGAUCAAGACAAAAAACUUCAAGAUUUAUGGAGAACAUGUCAGAAGUUGCCACCACAAAAUUUCGUUAACUUUAGGUAUUUAAUCAAGUUCCUCGCAAAGCUUGCUCAGACCAGUGACAUCAAUAAAAUGACUCCCAGCAACAUUGCCAUUGUCUUAGGCCCUAACUUGUUAUGGGCCAGAAAUGAAGGGACGCUGGCUGAGAUGGCAGCCGCCACCUCCGUGCACGUGGUCGCGGUCAUCGAACCCAUCAUUCAGCACGCCGACUGGUUCUUCCCUGGAGAGGUGGAAUUUAAUGUAUCAGAAGCAUUCGUACCUGUUGCCCCCCCAAACUCCAACCACUCAUCCCACACUGGAAAUGACUCUGACUCGGGGACCCUGGAGAGGAAGCGACCUGCCAGCAUGGCAGUGAUGGAAGGGGACUUGGUGAAGAAGGAGAGCUUUGGUGUGAAGCUUAUGGACUUCCAGGCCUACCGGCGGGGUGGCACCCUAAAUAGAAAGCACGUAUCCCCUGCUUUCCAGCCGCCACUCCCGCCCACAGAUGGCAGCACCUUGGCUCCUGCGGGCCCAGAGCCCCCUUCCCAGAGCUCUAGGGCUGAAAGCAGCGCAGGGGGUGGGCCUGUUCCCUCCUCUGCGUGCGCACUGGAGCAGGGGCCGAGCCCAGGCGACAGCAGUCCUCCCAAGCCCAAGGACUCUGCAGCUACAGCUGUGCCCACACUGGCGCCGGGAAGAAACAGCAUUCAGGUGGCCAGUGGCCAAAGCCAGGGGCAGGGGCAGCCCCCUGCCAGCUCCCAUCAGCUCUCCGUCAGCCCAGCGCACAGCUCCACUGGCUCCAGUCCUCAUACUUUGCGGCGAGCUGUUAAGAAACCUGCUCCAGCACCCCCGAAACCAGGAAACCCACCUCCUGGCCAGCCCGGGGGCCAGAGCGCCCCAGGGACAGCGCAGCAGGCACCCAGCUUGUCACUGAAGCCAGCCACUGGAAGUCCGUCUCCUCCUGUCCCGCACGCAGGCCCAGCCCCCGGGCAGCCGUGCGCCACCUCACAGCUGUGUGGGCCCCGGAGAGCCUCAGGCAGCCUGGCUCCUAUGCAGGCACCCAGUCACCCUCCACCACAGCCCCCCACGCAGGCGCCGCAAUCACAGGCCAGGCCGGGGGAGCAGGGACUGGAGCAGCCCACACACACCCCACCCAGGACGCCCACCCCCCCCAGCACUCCGCCCUUAGCUAAGCAGAGCCCGGGCCUGCCAGCUGCCCAGCACCCUGCAGCGGGCCACCCUGAGACUGCGCAGCCACAUGCCGGGACCUUACCGAGACCGAGACCAGUACCAAAGCCCAGGAACCGACCCAGCAUGCCCCCACCCCCACAUCCUCCUGGGGCCCACCCAGCAGCGGAUGGCAGCCUCUCCAGCGCAGUGCCUACUGCCUCCAAAAUAGUGACGGACGCCAAUUCGAGGGUGUCAGAACCGCUUCGCAGCGUCUUUCCUGACCUGCACUCAGACUCAGACAGCAAAGACGUGCCCGGCCGCCUCUUGUUGGACAUGGACAAUGAUACAGAAAGCACCGCCCUGUGAAGAAAGCCCCGCUGCGGCCCUUCCUCCCUGAGAGGGAACAGGGCAGGCGGGCGGAUCUCUGCAGACCAAACAGUGAGCAGCUUUCGUGGCAGGCAGAGAACCUGGCCCGCAGGACUUCGCCUGUCAGCCAGCGGCAGUGCUGCCACGGAAGCUGAAUGACCUGUGUCUCGAGGAACUUGGCUUUCUUUACGUGGGAAAGACAUCACGCCAAACAAACCAAGCAAGCCUAGAGGAGGCAGCGCUCUUGCCGCGCUCCUCACUUCAUCAGUGCGGCCCUGGCGGCCACUCGGGGUGAAUCAGAAGCAGCGCGUUACUGUCCCUUUAAUAACACAUUCACUAUGCAACUGGCCUCCGCUCCUUGGACCUUCAUUCUUGCUGCAGAGUCGUUGGCAUGAAGUUCGGUCUGUCUCAACCCUCACACCAUGAGCGUCGAUGGUGGCUGCUGGAUCCGCCACCUCGGCCAACUGGAUGUACUGUGCCUUGUUGGAUUGCCAGGAUGUAGAAAGAAAUGUACUGUUCUUUAAAAACAAUGUAAUUGCUACUUGAUAAGGACCGACAUUAUUCUAGUUUCAUGUUUAAUUUGAAUUAAAUAUAUUCUAUGGUUUAUAUGAAAA